AUGACCGACACACAAGCAUCGACAGCCGCGUUUGCUUUUGCAGCCUUGAUUGGUUGCGGCUCACCUAACCAAGCGGCAUUUUCAAUGGAGACAUUGCUAAAGCCGGAACUUGGUGAAUUUUCACCUUCGGGCGGAAAUGCAAGUGGAGGCGAAGAGUCGUCAAUUUGUUCCGUUUGCUGUGAUGAAGCUUCUGGAAGGCAUUAUGGAGUAGUCGCGUGCUUUGGUUGCAAAGAAGUUGGAAUGGAACCAGAUGCUAUUCGCCCAGAUAGAGAUAAGACAGGAAGACAAAAGAAUCCGCGUCGCAAUGUACAGUAUGACAUGACUGGAAAGAAAAUGUCUAUUUCAUCUCUGAUAAGUGAACUACCAUGCGUUAAUAAGUUAAAGGAAGAAUGCGAUGAUACGGCAACCUCGCCGUCAUCAAGGUCAGACUCAGCUCCGAUUGAUCUCCGACCAAGUCCUAUUGACGAGUCCGUACUGACAACCUUAUGCGAAAUCGAGACUAUUAUAAUGCAAUUGAGGGAUUCACAUGAGACUGUGCAAAGAAUGAAUCCGAAUAUUAAUGAUGCUAUUUUGAAGCCUUCAUUAAUAAUUAAUAGAUCAUUGUUGAACUUCAAUGGGCUAAAGGGAGAAGCUAAUCUAGGAUGUGUUGCUGCAAAUUUACGACGGCUUGUUGUACUAGUUGUUGAUUAUUGUAACACGUUGAAGCCGAUAGCCGACAUUAAUGUUGUUGAGAAGCUUGCUCUUGUUCGCAACUUCGCUGCUCCCUAUGCUCUUCUGUUUUGUGGUCACCACUCUGUGACCAAUGGUGCGCCGAUGGAUGAUAGCAUUUACCUGCCGUCUGGUCACAAACUUUCAGCGAAAUCCAUUAUUUUUGAAAAUAAGAGCGACGAGAAAAAGUAUAUAUUACUGGAUGCAAAAGCUGAUGUCGUUCGUCGAAAUAUGAUAGAAAUGCUGAUCAACCAGAUUCGAAAACUCACCAUCUCUAACACAGAAAUGGUUGCACUUAAAGCGAUAAUGGCACUUGAUCCAAAUGUGCGAGGUCUCAGCAAUGAUACCAUCAAUUUGCUUACGGUUGCGCGAGAAUCGGUUCAAAAUGCUCUGUUCACCCACCUGAUGUCUCGCUACAAUAACAUUGAGGCAACAACAAGAUUCGCAUCUCUUCUUCUUCUCAUUUCAUCUGCAACAAAAGUCUCCGCAUCGCUUUCGUCGCUUCUACAAUUAAGCAAGGAUGUUAGCUUCGAAGUAGACCAAAUUCUCGAAGAUAUUUUUCUCAAUGAGAAUUAA